UGCGCAGCUGAUGAUUGAGCUGAAGCAAAUUUUGGUUUUUACCGUUAGUUCAGGUCGCAUUCGACUUUAUUAACGUUUUUACAUUCGUGGAGUACGCGCGCGAAUAGCUCUUCAGCUUAACGGGGUAAUGAAAACGUACUUGGUGCUGUUGAAUUUUGAAAAUAUACGGCAUAUAAAUAUAUGUAUGUGUGUGUUUUUGUGUGAGUGAUAAAGGACCUACAAUGAUAUAUUAACGAGGUAUCUGAAUGAAUAUUGCUCAUUGAAGAAAGUUGAGAAAAGUGUUGCAGCAACAAUUGCAGAAACGUUGUGCAGACUUAUUUUAGUGCUGCAAGUAUAAUUGCGGAUAUCGUCUGGAGUGCAUACACACAACUACACUUUACUACACGCUGCUACAGAGUAUUGCAGUAAUAAUAUGUUGGAUUGCACACACACACAAUGAGGCAGAGGCCCGUUAACAACGACAGUAGCAGCAGCAAUCACUCAUAAAACGAUUAUAGCAACGAUAGGACAAUACAGCUGCCGCAUAGUUAUAAACAACAUCAACAACAACAACAAUAUUUCACAAAAUCAUUAACUCUGAGCGACGACAAUCCGUCUAUUGUUUUUGGGUGGUGAAGUAGCACGAUCGACUCUGAGCAAUCGCGCUACGAAAGUAAGCGAGCAUCUCGAGCGCCACAUUUGAGACACGCGGGCUACCCGCUUGACAGCGAUUUCUGUAGGUUGCUAGUGUUGCUGUUGUUGGCAAACGGAAAAAAGCACACCAAGCAUGCACGGCAAUUAAGUGUAGCAGCAAUAACAAAAACAACGCCCACAAAAAUAAAAAAAAACGCAAAAACUGAAAUCUAUGCGCCCACACAUUCACCGCUAAAACCACCACCAGCUGCACUAAACACCACAUAUACAACGGAUAAUUUGAGCGUUUAUCGCCAUCCGCUUGCGCUGAGGAAAGAGGAGCGUAUUGCAACAGAAGAAAAGAAAAAAGAGGUGAAAAUAUAGAUAGCAAUUAAACGAACGAGCUGGCCAGUAGCCAAACGCGCUGCAGAGACCAACAACCGCAUUGUGGUCGUAAAGUUCAAUAAAACAAAAAACAGCAACAGCAAGUAACAAUCUCAAAAUAAGCUACCGCUAUUACAACUACUACUGCAAAUAAUAAACAUUUAAAGCGCUACAAAUAUUACUUGUUUGCAUUUUUCCUUAAAUUGCUGCAUUUAACAGCACAACGGACAGCGCGCAACAACAAUCAGCGACGCGCAUCACAAACCAGCUGCACGAGAUAUCCGCAACAGGUACAAGGCAAUAACAACAAUCCAAACGCGCACGCGGCAAUUCCGAAACGAAUUAGUUCAAGCCUGCGCGCACCAUUGGCAACACGUAGUUGGCAACACCGACCACAACAACAGCACAUAAAAAUAUUUACAGCAUAUUUAAAGAAAUGCAACACUGCGCCUAACGCGAAGUGCAACGACCGCGCCACUAGCGCCACCACCGCUACCACAUCAACAUAGCCAAACGCACACCGCAGCACGCGUUUCGCAACAACCUUGGCCGCCACUUCAAUUGGAUUACCACUAGUUUUGCACUUUUGGUCUGGUUUUUGUUGCAUACAAAACACGAUUUUGGUGUUUGCAAGUUCAAGCGCAAGCGUAAACGCGAGCGUCAAGUUCCGUUCAAUUAGCGAAGCGUGGCCAUAAAGAAGGCGACGGCCGCGCCGCAACACACUUCGCCACGGCAAAGCGCGUUUGAGUAUCACGGCAACAGGAAGUUGGGUUCAAGGCAGGAACCAAAGCGAGCGCAUGCUGCGUGACUAUAGACAAGCGAGAAGUUGAUUCAACUGGAUUGCGCUUUUGGGAGGUUGUCAACCCUAAACAUAUGAGCGCGCGCCCCCCUUCACCAGCAAACUAUAACUCAACUGCCGCGUCUCUAAUCAGUGAGGAAUGCGCAUCAGAUCUAUUCGAGCAACAACGGUGACAUCAGGCGUAGUUGCAAACAUUGCUAUUAAAAAAAUCAAUUCGAAUUCAACAUUAACCGUGACGCGCGCGCUUGUUGAAGAAAGUGCUGAACGUGUGAGAAGUGAUUUCCCACAUCCAAGUGUUUAGGUACCUUUAAAAAUUCCUAACUUCUACAACCCGCAGCGACAUCAUAACGCUCACCUCCUAUACCUGCAUCAUCUGAUCUCUGACCGCAUCCCCAGCAGCAGCCACGCUCAAUACGUGCCGCCCUCAAUGUAAGAUGUUAGCAACCGCAAAAUGGACUUUGCUAACCACAAUUAUUAACAGUUUACUGCUAUGCACGUCAGCCAUUGAACGGCCACCAGCGCUUAUCAACGCAGGCCCACCAGUGUCAUCACUAUCCGCUCAACAACAGCAAACAGAAACUCCCGUUACACAUUCAACGCGGCAUGCCCGCGCCAACACAGCAUUUACAGCGUCCAAUAGUGCGCAAUUAAGGAAAGCAUCAUGGCUGCCCUCUGCAACCGCGAACACUGCCGCAUCUUCCGCGAUCGACAAUAAGCGCACCGCGCGCAAUCUCUAUGCACCGUUCGAUACCUUCAGUAAGGUUGAUGAAGCGCCUUUUACAGAUUGGCGCAAACGCACUGAUGGCACAAUAGUACAAUCGUUUGGCGCUUAUCGCAGCGGCCGGGCUGUGGCAGACGUUGUGAACCAAUCUCAAACUCAGUCCGCCCGACAAGAAAAUGCUGUGGCCCAGCGGCGUUCAGAUGUUGUGACCACAGUUGAAGUGAUACCGGCGCCAGGCAUAGAGAUUUCGAGUACCAGCGGCAAUGCGCCCAUCACAAUACCUAAACAAAUCGUGCCAGAUGCAAGUGCUGCCGCAACAUCAAUUUCAUCUGCCACUAGCCCUCUAAUAAUGAACGCAACACGUAUCUCUCGUCAACGCAAUUACGUAUAUAUACCACUACAAAAGCACAACAACCCACAAGCGAUGCUUCCAAAACGCAAUAACACUUCCUUGGGUUACUUGGGUCCACCAGCGCAUGCAGUGGCUGCCGCAGCUCAGGAGUUUGGGGAAGAGUUAUUAAAUGCGCGCACAGAUCGCAGCGACAUAGUCAGCCCACAAACGGCACCAGCCACCGCACCCGCACCUCAAACAUCCACGGAUAAAGUCGAUUAUGAGGAGGAAGAUGCCGCACGACGCAAUGGCCUUAAGUUUCCCAGUUAUAGUCUUAAACCAGCGAGCCCUUUCUAUCCACAAGGGUAUCGUGAAGAUAAUCCGAUCUUCACCGAAACAUCUGGCUUCGAAACACCCUACAGCGAAGAUGUGCUGCCCUCGCAGUACGAACAAGAUACGCGUCACACGCGUCAACUGAUCUACGAGAAUAGCGAUGCCACGUCUAUUUCACAUCCCUUUGAGUUUCCCGGCUUGGUAGCUAACAACAAACCACAUACCCUCAACUCCGCCGUGGCAGCGGGAAAGCUGUUCCGUGAAGAGGUCACCAAAUUCGGUGAUGUGAACGGACCCAUAACAGCAGUGCCACAACGUCCGCAACGCGGUUUGUUCUUUGGCGACACAGAGUUCAGAACCGGUCCACCACGGCCAUUCGUACCACAAAAAGCGUUUAAUGAAUUUAUUGGGCCAAAUGGUCCAAUUGAUUAUCAAAGCUCGAGAAAGAGUCGAUUCUUUCCUUUCAAAUCAUCACGUAGUCCGCGAGUCGUCUUUCCUGUGAACGAUAACAUUGGCACAACAGGACCCAGUGGCACGGGAAAUGGUGUCUACUUCAGCGACAGUGUUGCUUUCAGAGAUCAAAAUUUCGGCAUAAAUGAUUUGGCCGCCAUCCAAGAUGUCCGGAACGAGUUCAGUCUACAAGAUAUCGAUGGAACCUCGGAGAGUAGUCUUACAGGUGCACCGUCUACGGGUACAUUCAAAGAAAAGGUCGAUAUCACAACCGAGCUCGAAUGUCAACAUCGCGGUGGUACUUGUGAAUUUUUUCUCGGUUGUUGGGUGAGCGGCGGCCUACUGCAGGGCACCUGUAAUGGCCUCUUGCGCGGCUGCUGUCAUCGCACAGCCAAAUCGGCAAACCUACGCACAUCCGAGUAUGUGGGCGGCACAAUUGAUUUGACUGAUCUUCCGCACAAAAAUUAUGGUCCUGUUAAAAAUGAUCCCAGUUGUGGCAUCUCGCUCGCCAAACAGGCUGCUCAGCGUCGCAUAGUCGGUGGCGAUGAUGCCGGUUUCGGCUCGUUUCCUUGGCAGGCGUACAUACGUAUCGGCUCCUCGAGAUGCGGCGGUUCAUUGGUGUCGCGUCGACAUGUCGUCACGGCCGGUCAUUGUGUGGCACGUGCCACACCGCGCCAGGUCCAUGUCACUCUUGGCGAUUAUGUAAUCAACUCCGCCGUUGAGCCUCUGCCAGCUUACACGUUCGGCGUGCGUCGCAUUGACGUGCAUCCGUAUUUCAAAUUCACACCCCAAGCGGAUCGUUUUGAUGUGUCGGUGCUGACGUUGGAGCGGCCGGUGCAUUUUAUGCCGCACAUAGCCCCCAUUUGUUUGCCCGAUAAGAAUGAAGACUUCCUGGGAAAAUUUGGUUGGGCAGCUGGCUGGGGCGCUUUGAAUCCUGGCUCAAGGCUGCGUCCGAAAACCUUGCAAGCAGUGGACGUGCCUGUGAUUGAGAAUCGCAUCUGCGAGCGCUGGCAUCGUCAGAACGGCAUCAACGUUGUCAUUUACCCAGAAAUGAUGUGCGCCGGCUAUCGGAAUGGUGGCAAGGAUUCCUGUCAAGGCGACUCUGGUGGGCCGUUAAUGCAUGAGAAGAACGGACGCUGGUACCUAAUAGGCGUCGUGUCAGCUGGCUACUCGUGCGCAUCGCGCGGCCAGCCGGGCAUCUAUCAUCGUGUACCCUACACGGUAGAUUGGAUAUCCUAUGUUGUCGGUCUAACAACGAAUGUGUAGUAAAAGUGGUCUCACUCCACUCCACUCACCUGCCGAAACAACUUUCUUCGCAAAUGAAAAUAAUCUAAAACUAAAAAUGCUCAACACCAUAUUCCAUGUGCUUACUUUUAUCGAUUAUUUAAUUUGAACAAAGAAAAGUGUUCUCUUUUCAUUUCGUUUUCAAUUAGUUUUAAGAGAAAAUAUUUAUUAUAUCCGUAAAGUAUCGCGAUUUCAUGUCUCUCUGACCUUUUUGUAAAUAUUUUAUUGCAUUUUCAUCACUACGUACUCCUUCUUCGUUGUCCUUCAUUGUUGGCAGCUGCUUUCACACUCGUAUGUGAGCCUACAUAUGUUAUAAGUAAUAUAUAUAUAUAUAUAUAUAUAUGUAAAUCACUAUUUUAAAUGGGGACAUGCGAGGGCAUUGCUAGAAGUGUUAAAGGUUUUAGAUGUAAGCUUAGCUCUGUACUAAAACUAAGAUAAACAAAUAUUUAUAAACCUACUACAUACAUACAUACAUAUGUACAUACAUACAUUAUGAUAUGCAUUAUACUCGUAGUGCUUAGUCUUAUACAAACAUACACCUAAUCGCAUUUAAUUGCGUCUUAUUACACUUUAACAAAUGCUGAAUUUAGUCAUAAUUUUGCACUAAAACGCUGUAAAAGUGAAAGUAAAUUAGAAACACACAUACACAGCUUACACACAAAUGUAUGUUAAUUAAAGCUUAUAAACAUGUAUAGCUUACUUAGUGAUGUAAAUAGUGGACAAAACUAUUAAGUAGCAAUAAAUUUUUAUAUAAUUUAUAUGCAAAUAAAGAAAUAAAAAUGA